CACUUCUCACCUCACCUUUCGCCUCCGUUUCAUCUUUUGACAGUUUCAUUCAUUUGUCACAUAUAUAUAUACAGACUCCUCUCCUCUCUAACCAUAUUACUCAUAUUAUUUGCAGAGAGAGCAUCUCUAUCUAUCUAUCCUAUCCCAUAACAAGAACACAUCAAAGAUACAAAGAAUCUCUCUCUCUCUCUCUCUCUCUCUUCUCUCUCAAAUGCGAACAACACCAUCAUGAGAAGACCAAUGAAACACCCACACAAGAAGAAUCACAAUCAAGACUUCUUUGAAGAUUUUCCCGAUGAUAUCGUCGUCUUUAUCCUCACCAAGCUCAGCUCUACUGCCUCUUCUCCUUCCCAUUUCUUUAACACCCUUUUAACAUGCAAGAGACUGAACCGUUUGGGUUUUCAUCCUAUGGUUUUAUCGAAAGCUGGGCCAAAAGUACUCGCCGUUAAGCCCAAAAACUGGUCUGAGAACUCUCACCAUUUUCUUAAACGCUGUGUUAACGUCGGUAACGUCGAUGCUUGUUAUACUCUUGGAAUGAUCCGAUUUUACUGUCUACGAAAUCGAAGAAGUGGAGUAUCUCUAAUAGCCAAGGCGGCGAUGAAGUUACACGCGCCGGCGCUAUACUCACUCGCGGUAAUUCAGUUCAACGGAAGCGGAGGCACUAAACAAGACAAAGAUCUACGUGCUGGAGUAGCACUUUCUGCACGCGCGUCACUUCUCGGCCAUAUCGACGCGCUUCGUGAGUUAGGCCAUUGUCUUCAAGACGGUUACGGCGUCAAACAGAAUGUCACGGAGGGACGACGGUUGUUGGUGCAAGCUAACGUGAGAGAGAUUUUACUAGUCUAUCGCUUUCUUGAGUUAGCGUCACCUUCACGCGCUGGUUCUUGUGAAGGGAUACUGAGUCGCCUGAGUAACAUGGCGGUGCCGUUGAUAAAAGAGAAUAGGUACAACGUGAAGGUGCCGGAGGUGCAUCCGGUGAACUGGUUUUUGAGAGAGUGGUUUGAAUCUGGUUUAGGGAUUCUGGAAGAUGGGUUGAGGCUGUGUGCGCAUAUCGGUUGUGGACGGGCGGAGACGCGGCCGCAUGAGUUCCGGCGGUGUUCGGUUUGUGGGAAGGUUAACUAUUGUUCUAGGGCAUGUCAGGCACUGGAUUGGAAAUUGCGGCAUAAGAUGGAGUGUUCGCCGAUGGAAUGGUGGUUGGAUGAGAAUGGUGGUGGUGGUGAUGGUUUUGUAGUUGGCGGCGGCGGGGAUAUGAACAUGGGAGAUGAUGCGGUGGCAGCUGAUUAGUUAAGGUCAAAAAAACAAAAAAAGUUAGUUAGAAAAAAUGGAAAUUAGUGGUGUGAUUUCUGUAUGUGUAUAGCUGGUACAAAUUUUUGUCUUGUUUUCCAGUCUGAAAAAUUACUUGAAAGUUUAUUAUUACUUGUUAGAUGCAAGUAAAAUAUCAGGAAAUGUUAUUCAAAAACUUGUUGGUUAGCUAG